CUGAAAUAAAAAUAAAAAUAUGAGAAAUGAGAAACAUAUCAACCCUCCCCUCCUCCCCAUCUUUGCUCGAGUCGCUCUUUCUCUCACCACUCACCCUCAACCUCAACCUCAAUAUAAUUUAUACCAUCCCUACCAUCAUCACGACCAUCAUCACGACCACCAUCACUCGCUAUCAGCAGCUUCAACCUACCUCGGCGUCUCCGAAAACACUCUAAUAAUAUAAUACCGACGCGCCGCUCACUCUCGCCCAUCCGUCCCACAGCUUCGAAUUCUUCCCCCGCUGUAAUCUGAGCUCUUCCCAACACCGCUGUCGAUUGUCUCUUCGCUGUCGAUUGUCUCUUCCGCUGUCGAUUGUCUCUUCCGCUGUCGAUUGUCUCUUCCAACUACCACGUACCUGGACUCCAACUCCCGAAACCACCACCUCGAGAAAACACCUCGCCGAACACCAAAACACACAAAACACCAUCCGACGAGAAUAUUCUUUAAUUCCAAUUCCAGCGAGCCUGCGCAGCCUCACCAGCACAGCCUCGCCCACCCGCAGAACACCACCCCAAUAAUAAAUAAUCAUGACGGCCAUUCUCCACAACCAAAACUAUAACCCCGCGCACAAUAUGAACGAGCAAUACGAAGAAGCCGAUUUCCCUCUCUUCACCGACAGUCACAUCUACGCUGCUGAACUCAUCAGCAUGAACAACCUCUCGACCUUCAACAUGGACCCAGCGCUCGUCGCUUACAACUUCCAGCGAUCCACGGUACCACAGGAUCCCUAUGCGAGUCCCAACUUCGCUUCCGAACAGCACUGCAAGACUGAGACAGCGGAAUUCGCCAAGGGAUCACCCACCCUCUACCCUGCCGGGUCCCCUGAACUUCGCUGCCCUCUACCCUCCAACCCCUCCAGUGCCUCCGGACCUUCUGCCGCCUCGUCCGCCAUCGGCUCGCCCUACGCCACCCAUGCGCAGAUCCCUUCCGCCAUCCCCGAGUGGGCCUCCCACCAAGGGCUGGGUCUCGCGCCCACCAUCGCCGGCGAUUACGGCUACGUCAACGACUUCAGCUUUGGCGCGAGUCUCGAGCACGAUUUCGCUUUCGCGGAUAUGGACAAGCCCAUGGGCUUUGUGGAUCCCUCAAUCCUCCACUCCUACACCGGCGCCCCAAUUCCGAGCCCAAUGCCGCAAGAGGAGUUCGUCCAACAGACAAUGUACCCACCACACUCGCCCAGCCCCUCCGAAAUGUCCUCCCGAUCCUCCAAGCGCGUCAAGUCCUCCGCCUCGCCCUACAUGCAAUCCUACGCGCCCUACCCAUACCCCUCGCGCCGCGGCUCCAUCGCCUCCGCCUCCCCCGACUCCCCCGACUCCUCCUCCUCAACCCCACGCACCUACUGCCCCUUCGCCACCUGCGGCAAAUCCUUCAAGGACCUCAAGGCGCACAUGCUCACGCACCAGACGGAGCGCCCCGAGAAAUGCCCCAUCACCACCUGCGAAUACCACAUCAAGGGCUUCGCGCGCAAGUACGACAAGAACCGCCACACCCUCACUCACUACAAGGGCACCAUGGUGUGCGGCUUCUGCCCUGGCUCCGGGUCCGCGGCUGAGAAAUCAUUUAACCGCGCAGACGUCUUCAAACGCCAUCUCACAGGCGUCCACUGCGUCGAGCAGGUCCCGCCUAACUCCCGCCGCAAGACGAGCAAUGGCUCCUCUUCCGGCCCUACUUCGGCAGCUGGUAGCGCCACCACCACCGGCCGCCCCGUCGGCUACGCGCCUGACGCUACGGGACGCUGCAGCACCUGUGGCGCUAUGUUCCCCAGCGCGCAGGACUUCUACGAGCACCUCGACGACUGCGUCCUGCGCCUCGUGCAGCAGGAAGAGCCCGCUGAGGCGAUCAACGCCGAGCGUCUCGCUGAGGUAUCGGGCGAUCGCGCGGUCCUGGAGACGCUCCGCGCGUCGAAUUUACCUACUACCACACCUGAUCAGACAUCCUUCUCCGACGCCGAGGACGGCGAAGACGAUGCUGCGAAUGACGAAGAUGAUGAGAACUCCGCCCGCCCUGCUGGUCGCAAGGGCGCCAAGCGCGGGCUAACCCACUCCAAAGGUGGCGUGGCGCUCACGCACCCCAAGGGCGGUCGCAAGAAGCGCAAGGAUUACCCCUCCAGCUGGGGGUGUCCGGCGGCGCAGAUGAAGAUGAAGAAGCGCGUCCUAUGUGUGUUUGAUGGCGGGAGGAGGCUGUGGAAGGAUGAUAUGAUGUUGGAUGCUGAUUUUGAAGUCCGCGUCCCGCUAGGGCCGGAAGGGGGGGGGAGGUACGUGACGGAUUUGGAUGUACAGACCCUCAGGAGGGCGGGGGGGUUUCAUGGGGCGACGGGGGAGGAGAGGGGGGAGGAUGUGGAUUUGGAGGAGUUGAUGGAGUGAUUUGGGGUUAUGUGUUUAUGAUGUUUAUGCCCGUUAUGUCUUGCGCGUUUGUUGUUUUUUGGGUCCGCGGUGUUUUGUAUGAUGGCGGGACUGGGUUGGAUUUAAGGAAGAGAUACCAUGGGAUGCGUCGGCGUGUCUAGCGGAUGAGAACGGAAAAUAUCGAGGGGGUUAUGAUAUAUGAAAGGAAAGGAAAGGAGGAUCUCGGGGUGAGAUUGAGAUGGGAGAUGGAUAGAGAGAGGGAAGGGGACGAUCUGAUGGUAGAUUAGUUAUGGGAGGCUAUAUUGAGAAUAUAUACACCGAAACUUUUUUGAUCGCUACUACUACUUUUUGUUUCUUAUUGCCUUUUCUUGUGAGCUUCGUCUGAGUGUCCUGAAUAUCUCCAUCACAUAUCAAACUAAAUCUUUCCCUCAACAACACAACACCGCCUUCCACCUACCACACACCUUCACCCCCACCUCCCCCCCGCAGCUUCGGGAUAUUUCAAACCAAAGUACGCUGGUACGCUGAUGGUAAGGUAAGGUAGGUGGGUAGGUAUAUAACCCAGCUGUCGACGCCUUCUGGCCAGCCCACACAGGAACACCCUACCGCAGACCAUGUGAGAGGGCGCUGGUCCACUGGGUGGGCGUGGGUGGGCGUGUUUAGAAGGGGGGGGUUGAUUGUAUGGUGGUGGUGGGGCGGCAGGCAGUUGCCGGGGUUAAUGGUGAGGGGUCGGG